UGGGCAUGGGGCAUGGCAAUACAAAUCUUAACUGGAUAACGCGCCACGUCAGUUCUCUUGCCUUCUAUCUGCAACUCUACAAAACCCUCCCUUCAAAACCUCUACCUCCAUUGUUUCUCUCUCUUCCAUUUUCAUUCAUCACAGAAUCAUAAAAAGUUUGAAACUUUAGGACAAAACACACACAAAAAAUGGCAACUUUGUGUGCUUCAGCCAUUAAUAUACACCCAAAUCUCACUCAUUCUCUCUCCAAUUCCAUCAAUUUAUCAUCAACACCCACUAAUCUAUCUUCCCUUCGUUCAAAUUUCAUUAAUUCUUCUUCUUUAGGUCUUAAUGUUGCUGUAAAAACCAUUCAAUGUCAACCAAACAAGAAUGGUAAUGUUGUUUGUAUGUCAUGGGAUGGUCCUCUUUCUUCUGUUAAACUUAUCCUUCAGGGCCGAAAUCUUGAGUUAAGUGACAAUGUUCGAAGCCAUGUGGAAGAAAAGGUUGGAAAAGCUGUCAAGAACCAUAGCCAUUUGGUGCGGGAAGUGGAUGUGCGUUUGUCUGCUAGAGGUGGAGAGCUUGGUAAAGGGCCAAAACUUAGGAGAUGUGAGGUCACCUUAUUUACCAAGAGGCAUGGUGUGAUUCGAGCUGAGGAAGAUUCUGACACUCUCUACGGCAGUAUCGAUUUGGUCUCUUCAAUUAUACAUAGAAAAUUGAGGAAGAUUAAGGACAAAGUAUCUGACCAUGGUCGACAUAUGAAAGGUUUCAACCGCUCUAAGGUGAGGGACCCUGAGCCAGCAAUAAUCACUGUAGACGACACCGUGGAAGAGGAAGUGGAAGCAGCUCCUGUUCCUGUUGAAGAGGACAUUGAAGAGAUUGUUCGUACAAAGUACUUUGACAUGCCACCUCUUACACUCAACGAAGCUGUUGAACAGCUUGAAAAUGUUGAUCAUGACUUCUAUGCUUUCCGAAAUGAAGAAACAGGUGAAAUCAACAUCCUGUAUAAAAGAAAAGAAGGGGGAUACGGGCUUAUUAUUCCCAAGGACGGAAAAACAGAGAAGUUGGAACCUUUGGAAGUACAACACGACAGAGAACCAUCCUAUGCAGAAUAGGCCGAGAUUGCUUAUCUUGGCAGUGGCACUAACAGCGGAUUCUCUGUUUGCUUGUAAACCGCUAAACAAUUACUAUCAAAGAUCAGAAAGCCGGACUCCAUGCAAAAGCUUUUGGAUAUGAGAUAAAUAGAUGAUUUACAGCUGUGAUUAUCCUCUUUUUUGGAUGACCUGUUUGUGACAGUGCCGAGUAUGUAUAGAAACAGAUAUGAGGAAAAACAGUAAACUCAGUUAGACAAUCUUGUAAAUGCAUGAAUUAGCUGAUUUAAGUUCAA